AUGACUGCUGCCGCCACUCCAGAACAUCAACCUCACCCUGGUGCCUCCUCCGCCAGCCAUCCUCGACAGUCGAGCUCUUCGAAGCCCUCACCUUCCUCCUCUCAGCCCCGCCACUACCCUAGCAUCUCACGAAGAACCAACAGCACUGCGCUGCUUGGUGUUAAUGGAAGUCCCGUCACAAUGCCGUCCAUGCAGCGUCCCAACGGCGCCUCUGCAUUCGCUGAUGCGACGGCGCAACCAUCUUCAUCUGCUGCCCAUCCUCCCCUAGGCCUUCAACGAUCCACGAGCCAUGACGACAGCACCGCCAGACGUCCAUCGAGUGCGCCCGGUAAUAAACAGUUUCCUUCUAUUGGAAUAUCGACAGGAGAACAGUCCGACUCAGACCGGCCAAGUCGGCCAGGAGUGAAGCCACUGCUCAUGCGAUCAAAGAGCGAGUAUGGAGGCAGCCGGGCAGUCGAGGAAGUUGAUCACUCCGAAGAGGAUCUCCCGCAUUGGGGCGCCAGACACGGUUUCGAAGAGUACCACGAGUCCCCAGAUGUCAUAAAUGCACUGGCAAAUAAUUGGUACAUGUACUGGACCGAUAAACGACACGAAACAACUGGCAAACCGAAGGCAACACUACAUGAGCUGCAGGAUUGGCGCAUGCGAGACAGGCUAAAAACUGUUUCUGCUGCGCUGGCCGUCUGUCUUAAUAUAUCUGUCGAGCCUCCUGACCAGCUUAAGACCAACCCAGGUGCCAAACUCGAGGCCUGGACUGACCCUACAACGCCCCCUCCUCAAAAAGCCCUUGAGAACAUUGGCAAGGCGCUUCAAGCUCAGUAUGAGACGCUUGCCAUUCGAACACGAUACAAGCAGUACUUGGAUCCCUCAGUUGAAGAAACGAAGAAGUUCUGUCAGUCUCUGCGUAGAAACGCAAAAGAUGAGCGAGUUUUACUUCAUUACAACGGCCAUGGAGUACCGAAGCCCACUGCGAGUGGUGAGAUAUGGGUUUUUAACAAAAACUAUACACAGUAUAUCCCGGUUUCGUUGUACGAUCUUCAACAAUGGCUACAUGCUCCAACGAUUUAUGUCUGGGACUGUUCCGAAGCCGGAAAUAUUCUCAAUAACUACCAUCGCUUCGUAGAGAAGCAUGAACAGGAGGAAGAGGAAGCUGCUGCGAGGGAUCCGAACUACGAGAAGACGGUGUUCCAGCCCUACAUCCACCUCGCCGCCUGCGAUGUAAAGGAGAACCUUCCUACCAACCCUCUGCUACCAGCAGAUUUAUUUACUGCCUGUCUUACUACUCCAAUCGAGAUGGCUCUCUGGUUCUUCGUCCUACAAAACCCUCUGAAGACGAAUCUUACUCCAGAGCGAGCUAAGAAGCUGCCCGGAAGAUUGCAGGAAAGACGAACUCCGCUUGGUGAGCUGAAUUGGAUCUUCACAGCCAUCACAGACACCAUUGCCUGGACGACACUACCGCGACACCUGUUUCGGAAGUUCUUUAGACAAGACCUAAUGGUAGCUGCGUUGUUCCGCAAUUUCCUUCUUGCUCAGAGGAUCAUGUCCGUCUACGGCUGCCAUCCGCAGUCCUUUCCUGAGCUUCCUGAGACCCGCCAGCACCCUCUGUGGGCGAGCUGGGAUCUGGCGGUAGACAUGGCUCUAGCACAGUUACCCAUGCUUGAGCGAAAGGAGAAUGAGGGCCUCGAGUACGAGUACCAAAACUCGACGUUUUUUACCGAACAGCUGACGGCGUUCGACGUCUAUCUAACGCGAGGAGAUGCCAUGUCCCAGCAACCACCAGAGCAGCUGCCCGUUGUACUUCAAGUUCUCCUAAGUCAGCAGCACAGAGUCAGAGCUCUGAUUCUGCUUGGAAGAUUUCUUGACUUGGGUCCAUGGGCUGUGCAGCUGGCUUUAAGCAUUGGCAUUUUCCCAUACGUGUUGAAGUUACUACAGUCGGCUGCGGCUGAGCUAAAGCCAGUAAUGAUUUUCAUCUGGACAAGAAUACUAGCUGUUGACAUUUCAUGUCAAGCGGACCUCAUCAAGGACAGUGGCUACAACUACUUUGCUCAAAUUCUGAAGCCAUCUGAGAGCCUCCCUGUUGUUAACGAGGCCGAGCACAAGGCAAUGUGCGCCUUUAUCCUGUCCAUGCUGUGCAAGGACUACAAGCCAGGCCAGCAUGUGUGCAACCAAACUGACAUAAUGACAUACUGUUUGGUCCACUUGCAGAAUCAGGAAAACCCUUUGCUACGACAGUGGGCCUGUCUAUGCAUUAGUCAACUGUGGCAGGAACUCCCUGAAGCUAAAUGGCGUGGUAUUCGUGAGAAUGCCCCAGCGAAGCUGUCAUUCUUGACAAAAGACCCAUGCUGCGAGGUUCGUGCAGCUAUGGUGUAUGCAAUGACUACCUUCCUGGGCAUAAUUGACUUAACUGACGAGGUUGCCCGAAUUGAGGAGUCAAUCGCUUGGACCCUAUUGGACAUGGCUAAUGACGGCAGCCCGAUGGUCCGACGGGAGUUCCUCGUGUUUUUGUCCAGGUUCAUCGUCCGCUUUGAAAGCAAAUUCAUCGUUGCUGCGUACGAACAACUGCAAGAGGAAAGGGAAUACCUCCUCUUCCCUCCUGGGCAAGAUGGCAUGAACCACAAAAUGGGGCUGCAUUAUGCGCGCAAAGAAAACAGGAAUGCUGAUGGAACCAUCAAGCCUACAGUACAUGGUUUCGCACACAACACCGUCUUCGCAGCAUGUUGGAAGCAUGCUCUGAUGCUCAACGUCGACCCCCACCCUGAGGUUCAGCGAGACGCGACCAUCAUUGUGGACUACGUUCAUCAGGCGAUUACGACAUCAGCUAUUGGUGAACACGCGCAGAUCCUUAUCGAUGAUAUCCGAAAAAGGGCAAAGCGAGCUUCUACCAAGAACCACCUGAAUUUGAAUCGGCGUAGCAACGCCAUUGGGGUUUCAAACACCAUGGCCACUCCACCUCUGGCCUCUCCUAGCUUGCUGCGCCGCACAGCAAGCUUGCUGUUCCAGCUGCCCUUGUUUGGCAGUGAUGGCAAGGCGGAAGCUGGUGAGAAGGCCAAUUACUCUACUCCAGCUCCUUCACCAGGACUGCAAAGGAGUGGGUCUCAAAAGAUUAAGGCACCCGAGCUUGCCUCCGCGCCCCCAGAACAGAGUGACCCCACUGCUGUCCAUGCCAACUAUCAUGUUGCUAAAGAGCCUGUUUCUGGUGGAUACGAAGAGCGGAAGCCGAGCGAGUCCCCCACGCUACCCCUUCAGAGCACAUUUUUGGAAUGGUCGAUUGAAUACUUCUGCGAGCCUCAGAUGAAGCCGAGCGAGUCAGAUGAGCCAGGUAGCACUGAGUAUAACGAACGGCUUUGGAGGAGGUCGAGAAACGACUUCAUUCUGACCGAAACACAACCUCUCAAGCAGUAUGCAGGUAGUCACAAGUGGAACAACCAACUUGGUAUCACGAAUAAUGGUUCGCAGCCUGCCAAGUUGACCUUCCAUCAGUUUGAGGACCAUCUCGCCGUGGCAGAUGAUGGCAAUACGGUGUGUGUAUGGGACUGGAAAAAACAUUCCCGGCUAAGCAGGUUUUCAAACGGAAACCCUGAAGGGUCAAGAAUCAGCGACAUGAAGUUUAUCAACGAGGAUGACCAGGCCUUCUUAAUGACUGGUUCGUCUGAUGGUGUGAUACGAAUUUAUCAGAACUAUGACUCCGAUAAAUCAAUCAGUCUAGCUUCGGCUUGGCGAGCUCUUACGCACAUGGUACCCAGCAAUGUUAAUUCGGGUAUGGUUUUUGACUGGCAACAAUCAACAGGUCGUGUGCUCGUGGCUGGCGAUGUGCGGGUAAUCCGAGUGUGGUCUGCGGCAUUCGAGACUUGCAUUAUGGACAUUCCUGCUCGGUCAGGAUCUUGUGUUACGUCCUUAACAUCUGAUCAGAUGACAGGCAAUACGCUCGUCGCUGGCUUUGGCGACGGUGCUGUCCGCGUUUUUGACACGCGUCUCAGGGCACAAGAUUCCAUGGUGAAGAAGUGGAAGGAUGAAACCGAUAGGCAAUGGAUCAAGAGUGUUCAUAUGCAGCGUGGCGGGCAACGAGAAUUGCUUAGCGCCAGCAGGAAUGGCAAGGUGAAGCUGUGGGAUAUACGUAUGGACCGGCCCCUCCACGUUUACCAGACGACUCGGGAUACUCUUCGAACAGCCAGUACUCAUGAGCACCUACCGGUGUUUGCUGUGUAA